CUGUGUUGAAAGCAGUCGAACGCCGCCGUCGAACCGAGUGACGUCAUUUUGGGUACGUCUAUCGAAAAUGUUCUUCACGCUACGUUGGCAGGGCGUUGCUUCGCCGUCGACUACCGUCCGAGACUCCGGGCAUUCGAAAAGUUGCCGAAAGACCCCAAGAAGAUUCCUGAAAAGAGUUAGCGGGUGUCAACAAAGCCGUCUCCUCCUGGCGUUGGUGAUGUCAGUUACAGUCGUGGGCGUCGCGGAAAGCAACAUGCUGGUUGACUUGCCUUCGGGGUUCAAGUGCAUGUGGUACAACCUAUCGCACCCUGUCCAGUUUGCGGUACUGCUAGUGAUGCCUGCGCUCUUCUUGGGGGUGAACCGGAUGUUCGGCAUGCUCGACAAAGCCGCCUACGCUCGGCUAUCUCGGGCCGUGUCUGCUUGGAUGAACGAGAAAAGGCAGGUGGAUCAGAUUUAGUCCUCCCGAGACCAAGACAAUCAAAGCAGAAGGAAGACUUGCAUGCCCUGUUCGACUUAGCAGGGUCGAGUCUCAUGCGGAAAGGUUUGGGGGUCAAAGAAAAAGGAAAGGGGCACAAUCGCGAUCUGUUUCGCAUUUUUUACUCCUUUUGGGCACAGGCCUCUUGUUUCAGGACAAGACUGGCAACACGGUCAAAGGCCAGGCGCUCGUUUUCGCCAAUAUUUCGUGUAGUGUAAAUAUUUUAUCGUUUCCAUCUUAGUUUUGUUCGGCUGUGACGGGUGACGGCGCGAGACUGCUGGUGC